CGCGGCGGGCGGCAGUCUAGCUCCGCCGCCGGGCCGCGCCGCGCGCUCGGCUCGAGGCUCCAGGCUCGUGCCGCUAUUAUGUCGGCGCCCCGGGCCCUGUCCCCACGUGCCUGCGCUUCCCCCGGCCCCGCGCCGCGCGCCCCCAGCCCGCACCACAAGUAGCGCGCACGAUCAUCCUCACUCUCACCACUAUCUAGGAAUGUAAAUAUUUAUGGAUGUCAGUUUUGAGUUGUUUAGAUUGGCUGUGAAUUUUAAGGUGAAAAUGAAACCGGUAAGGCGCGUCCGGAUUGAAGAUGGGUUGCCUAGUGAGCGCGGCGGUGGCGGCGGCGGCGGCGGCGGCCGGCUGGCGGCGCCGCGGAUGUCGCUCCUGGGCAAGCCGCUGAGCUACCGCGCCACCCGACGCGACGCGCGCUACCGGCGGCUCCAGUCCAAGAUCUACAACUUCCUCGAGCGACCACGAGGAGCCAAGGCCGUCCUCUAUCAUAUGAUUGUGUUUCUGAUGGUGUUCAUGUGCCUGUCGCUGUCGGUGUUCUCCACCAUCGAGGAGUACGAGGCGAAGGCCGGCAUCGUGCUCUUCUACAUGGAAACCGUCGUCGUCAUAUGGUUCGCGAUCGAGUUCUUUUUAAGGUUGUGGUCGUCAGGAUGUCGGUCACGGUAUCAAGGCUCAAUGGGGCGCCUCAAAUUUUUGAGGCGGCCCUUCUGUAUAAUAGAUGUGACGACGAUCCUGGCGUCGGUGGUGGUACUGGGCAUGGGCUCGUCGGGGCAGGUGUUCGCGGCGUCGGCGCUGCGCGGGCUGCGCUUCUUCCAGAUCCUGCGCAUGGUGCGCAUGGACCGCCGCGGCGGCACCUGGAAGCUGCUCGGCUCCGUCGUCUAUGCUCAUCGACAGGAAUUAAUAACAACGUUGUACAUAGGAUUUCUCGGCCUCAUAUUCGCAUCGUUCUUGGUGUACUUAGCUGAAAAAGAUGUUCCUGAAACUAAGUUUAAAAACUUUGCUGAAGCGUUAUGGUGGGGAGUAAUCACGCUGUGCACGGUGGGGUACGGCGACAUGGUGCCGCAGACCUGGCAGGGCAAGUUCAUCGCCUCCUUCUGCGCGCUGCUCGGCAUCUCCUUCUUCGCUCUGCCCGCCGGAAUCCUGGGGUCCGGGUUCGCGCUGAAGGUGCAGCAGCAGCAGCGGCAGAAGCACAUGAUCCGGCGGCGCCAGCCCGCGGCCACGCUCAUCCAGGCGCUGUGGCGCUGCUACGCGUCCGACGAGCACUCCAUGAGCAUCGCCACCUGGAAGAUACACCAGAUCCCGCUGCCCAGCCCGCAGACCAGCCGCGUGAUGAGCGCGUCGUUCAAGAACAACGCGUCGUUCGUGUCGCGGCUGCCCACCAUCCGCCGGCACAAGAGCUCCUCGCUGCACUCGCCCGCGCCGCACGCCAAGCCGCCGGCGCGCUACGACGUCAACGCCAGCUCCGAAAACCUCGGCGCGCCCCGGCCGCCGCGCGUCGCCGCCACGCGCAGCGAGGACUCGGUGGCCGACACCGCGCUAGAGAAGAAAAACUCCGACGACGAGGAGGACGAGCCGCGGUGCGUCACGCUCACGCCGCGCCACAAGGCCGCCAUCCGCUUCAUACGGAAGAUGAAAUAUUUUGUGGCUCGACGUAAGUUUAAGGAAGCACUAAAGCCAUACGACGUCAAGGACGUAAUCGAACAGUACUCGGCGGGGCACGUGGACCUGCUGGGCCGCGUCAAAACCGUCCAGACUAGGUUAGAUCAGAUAUUGGGGAAACAAGGAUCAAAGGCGAAAGAUGUGUACGCAUCGAAAAUCAGUUUAGCUUCCAGAGUAGUUAAAAUAGAAAGACAGGUAGAUGAAAUAGAAAGUAAGUUGGACCAUUUGUUGGAGUUGUACGAGGAGGACCGGCGGGGGGGCCGGCGGCUGGCGGGCGCGGGGGCCGCGGGCGGGGGCGGGGGCGGCGUGGGGGAGGGCAGGCCCGCGCUGCUGGACAAGCAGAGCUCGGAGCCCAACUCGCCGGUGUCGCGCAGCGCCGAGCCGCCGCCGCCGCCCGCCGCGCUGCAGCUGCACAAGCGACCCAUGCACCGCGGCUACUCCGACCUCGGACAGCGAUUUAUGCGCAAGAAAGUCAUAGUCAAGACGUCGUCGUCGCGCAACUCGCCGCCGCGCGACGACGAGGUGGUGAUCGUGGUGCCCACGGACCGCGAGGACACGCCGCCGCCGCGCCUCGUCACCGACAGCUCCGACGUGUGCGCGACGUGCGCGGUGGAGGUGGAGGAGGGGCGGUCCGGGAGCUCGGCGUCGGCGUCGUGGUGCGAGGGCGCGGAGGACGAGGCGGGCGCGGGCUACGGCUCCGGCGACUCGCUGGCCGAGGACGCCGCGCUGCUGGGGGCGGCGGCGGCGGGCGCGGGGGCGGCGCGGGGGACGCGGGGGGCCACGCGCCGCGACGUGGCCGUGGACCUGCACCUGCUGCGCCCCGACCUCUGAGACCAGCUGCCGGGCGCGCCGCCCCGCGCGCCCCGCGCCCUCCGCGCACCGCUGCCCUCGCACACCACACGGUUAUGAUCACGCAUUUGCACAAAACUGAACGAAACGAACAAUUAUAAAUUAUAUCUUAUCUUAAAGCUAAGUUUACAUUCAAAAAUGUUCAUUAUAAGGUAUCUAGGUUAUCAUUGUAGGUACUAUGAGUAUCGAAUAUAGGUAAGGAAAAAAUAUUAAAGUAUGGAUAAGGUAUUUGUAAAGAGUUGUGUGCUUAAAGGAAGCGAUAGGAUGUUUAUGUAACAUUCAUGGUAAAAGACCAAGACUCUAUAUUGAUGUCAGGAUUUACGCUUUGUUUACAUAGAUAUCUAAUGAUUACUUAUAAAGAUAGAUUUUAUUAAAAUAUUAUAAAUAUUUGGUUCAUUACCUACUUUUAUCAUUAAGAUAGUAUUGACAGCUUAGCUUAGACUUUUUAAUUAACAUUAACUUAAAAAAACUCGAAAACUGUAAAUAUUGUUCGAGUAGCAUAGCACAUCGAAAAAUACUUAAGUAUAAUUUAUUACAAAUUUUAUUUAUACAAGUUUCUAAUCUUAGUAGAUUUUCAAUAUUUUGAUCGGUAGAGGACGAAUGCUAGAUAUACUAAUAUCAAUUUCGUACUGUAAAAAUAUUUACAUAAGUACUUACUUACAUAAAUAUCAUACCAAGUUCAUUCCGCCCGACUCAUAUAAAUGUCUUCGAAAUUCUUGACAUUUUAUCGGACUAACAUGUAUUAAAAUCUCUCCUACGGUGAGAUCAAUAACACAAUACUUAACCAUAAUAGAGAAAAUGUAUAUUAUUUGUUCAAUCAUAUGUUCACCUUGGAAUGAUAAUUUAAAGAUGGUAUGGCCUUAAGAAUUACAACAUCAGUAUAAUGAUGAACAUACAUUCUCACUAUCAAUUUUUCUUUACUGUUUUUGAAAAAGCUGUACUUAUAUGAGAACAAAAAUAUAAUCUUAAUCCAAUGAAUUAACAUUAGUGAACAUAUUUCUUAAAAAUGCAGGGUAUAACUUGCCUGACAUUCAUUCACAAUGAAGAGCUGCUUAUCUAAAUUAACAUUAUAAUGGUAUUUACUACCUCUAAUUAACUAAACUAACUUGAACUAAAUGGAACUAUCAAGUACUGAGAGUUUUUUCUACCUUAUAUUUAUUGAAAUCUAGGCAUAUAUAUAUCUACUUACUUACAUUAUAAGUAUAGAAACGACCACACUUGAAAUUAAAUUAUAAUAUGUACCUACCUAUUUUCAUUUUUGUCAAAUUGUUAAAAAAAGACAGAAUGUGGUAGAAUGAAUAAGGUACCAAAGUUUGAAGCAACUGGACUCGAAUGUCGAUGGAUCCCAUAACUUUAAACUCUCAAAUCACACAUUCAAUUCGCGUGACAAGCACUUUUCGAGAAAAUAUUAAUAUUUUGAGAAAUAAUAAUACGAAAUACGACAUUGGGCUUCGUGUUUUGCAUAUUAGAAACGUAAGUAAAUAGAUUUCCUCCUACAUUGGGACCUACUAUUGCCUAUAGACCUUGUAUAAGACAUUGUGAUAAGAUACUGUACUUACAAACGUAGUUAGCGAAAUAUCCCCUAUCUAUGUAUACCAAACAAUAAUACUGUCAAAAACCGCAUGAAGAAAUACUUUGGAUUCUGUACACACCUCUGCGUAUUGUUAGAGGUAAAGAACCAAUUUUAAAAAUACCAUAAAUAAUUCUAAAAGUUUUUGAAAUUAUUAAUGCUAAAUUUAUUAAUUAAUUAUUAUCGAUACUUACAUGCGAGGAUCGACCCUAUAGCUGAAACAGUCAAUAUUGUCAUCCUGGGUUAGGUCAUACCCUGAAUAUUUUUUUACUGGGGAUUGAUUCUUUUUGACCUACGUAUAUACUACAUAUAGUGCCUAACGAAAGCUUCAGUUAUAUAAUUCCACACCUAUGUAGGUACCUACUGCUGCUUUUAUUAUACAUCCAAAAUAUAGUUGCUACCGAAUCUUAUGUGCUCGACGGCUCAAUGCUGCACCGGUGUGUAAAACCUGCCUUUUGCUGCCAAACUUAAUCAUACCAAUACGAUUUCAUCCUUAAUUACCUACUUGAUUUGAAUACGCUUACAACCAAGGCUUGAUACAAUUAACUAGGUACGGUAUUUUGGUAUUUUCAACUUCUAACUAUAGGAGUACCUACCUACCUACUAGGACCAUUUACAAUUUAAGGUUAUCUGGUAAGUCGCUAAUAGAUAGUUGACUGGUUCGCCGGCAACUAGCUGCAAAUUGUAUUAAAUUCUACGCUAGGUAAUAGUCUUUACCGGUAGUUGCCCUAGCGAGACAGUCUCCUCCGGAGAACUUCAGUUAAAACCAAGUAUUCUAGAAAGAUUACAAAUUGAAACCGUAAUUUAAAAACCAAAUCAGUUAUUUUAUAAUAAAAAAUACACGAACACCUUACAUAAAGUAUAAGUAAUAAAGUUAGACGCUAGUUACAAUCAAUGACAAUGGUGAGAAAGCUACUAUGUCAUUAGUGACAUGGAUCUUAACACUUUAGGUAUUAUGUUCUGUAAAGUAAGACAAUGGCAUGGUUUUAUACCUAUAUGUUUAUGAUAUACUUAAUAAUUAUAACAAAUUCAGAGGGCUUAGCCCAUUUGCCUCCAAAGCAAUAUUCAAUGUAUGUUUAUAAUAAUUCGUAUGUUUAAAUUACCUUCAAGGUUUUCUAUAAACUUAUAUUUUUUGUUUAGAUUUUGAAGAAAAGUAUAUUAUUAUGUAUUUGCCGUUUUACUAAAUAUGAAACGCAGAAAAAUCAUGAAGGUUUCAAGUCGAUUCAAAGAUAAUAAUUUUAAUCGUAAACUUCGUAAUUACGUUGUCCGUUGACCCACAAUAACCCCUAAUCUCUCGUGAGACGCACUCCCGCCCGCCGCUGGACCGACGACUUUAGGCGGGAAGCCGGUAGUUGCUGGAUGAGGAAGGCCGAGCACCGAGUGUUGUGGCGCUCCUUGGGAGAGGCCUAUGUCCAACAGCAGAUGAUGAUGAUGAACCCCUAAUAUUAAAUUUGCGAUGGCAGGGCAGGACCAUAGGGUGUUUUCCUAAAUUUAAAGUAAUCGCAAAACUAAGAAUCGUUAGAAUCGUAUUACUUAUCUGAC